AUGGAAACUAUUUCAGUUUUAUUGUGUUUAUUUUUUAUAAUUACUUUUACAAAAUGCAAUGAAGUAACAACUCCAAAUAUUAAAAAGCCACUGCUUUACUUUCGGCGACAAGUUGAGGAGCUUCCAGAUGAGUCAACAUCGGAACGAAGUGAGGAAGACGCAAAUAUAGUAGCGUUCUUAGUUCAAAAUGUAAAAGAAAUUUUUGGCGUGGAGACUACACCAACUACAUUAGAAAAAACAAGAGCUUCUAAUAAAACAGUAAUUACUUCCCAAAUAACUAAUAAAACAAUUAGCACGAUCAAAUCUAACAAAACUACUACUGCUCCUGUAACAAGAACUAAACAGUUAACGAAUGUAACUUCAGCAACGCGUACAACCACUGCUAACCUAACAACUGCUAUUGUAACCACUGCUAUUAUAACCACUACUAACUCUGUUUCUGUAUCUACUGUAAACGAGAAAAGUAAACAAACCGAGUUAUUUAAUUUAACAAAAAAUAUCGAUGUUAUAGAGAAAAAGAGAAGAUCUCGUAUCAAAGCUAAACCAGAACCAAAAAUUAAUUUCUUUAUUGAGCCUCAUUUUCCUAACAUAACUGAAAACCCUCCAAGAAGAUCUUGUAUCGUAUGUAACAAUGUUCAGUUGCAAGAAUGUAAUGAUCCUAAAAAUAAACUGGUUCCAUCCGUAAUUUGUGAUCAUGAAGAAGAUCUAUGUUACUCUCAGCAAACACCUUUUGGAUUAAUAGACCGUGGAUGUUUCAAUGGUAAUCUGAAUCUAACAACAUACGUGUGCUCUUGCAACCUUUGUAACUAUAUUUCAAUUUCUGAAAUGCCAUACAUAUUUUCUAAAAAAAAGGAUUGGAUUGAAAAUGUCAUCGAUCUAUCACGAUCAAAAAGCUUUCGUACAUCUAUUUACAAAGAUAUGUCUUGUUUGAGCUGCGAAGUUAAUGCUACAACAAAAACACUGGACAUGUUAGACAACUCUCUCUGCUUGGAGGGUAAUAUUGGGUUAUUACCAACGAAACAGUGUGCGGAAGAUGAAAUAUGCGGCAUUAAAGCUCUGAGGAGUGAUGGAUAUAUUUGGCGCGGUUGUCUUAAAAGUCCGCUGUACAACUACUGGUGGUCACUUUGUGAUAGUGAUUUAUGUAAUUAUGAUAGUGUUAUAUCUUUGUACGAUGAAAAUUAA